AUGACCCAGACUACGUCAUCUGAGGGCCGUUACUACCCUGAGGAACUCCCCGAGCUUAGGAGAAAGGAUCGACAUCUGCCACUGGGUGACGAGCCUAUGUUGCCAGGAUUUAUGAUGGGGCUUACUACCCGGUUAGCCUUGAGGCUGAAGUUUGAAGAGCGAUACCCAGAUGAUGGAGUCGCUCCAGACUGCGCAACUCGGGCCGAUUUCGACUAUGCCGCUGAGGCCGCGGCAUACCAACUGGUUCGGAAGUCGCCACAGCUAGGACCCGGCCGAGCUACGCUUGGGUUCCAUGGCUCAUGGACCUUUGCUAUACCUGGACCAGCAGGGCAUCGAUGGGUCCGAAUGGUCCUGUUUGAGAAAGCCGACGCCAAACCCAUGUCAAAGCUUCUCUGGGAGGCGGAACAGCACAAGGCAGGCCUUCCUCUACUUCCCGAAUUCGACAGGCCCAACACCCUCAAGAGUCUGACCGACGCAAAUGAGGAACUUUGGUGGUGCUCAACCGAACAAUUCUCCAUUCGUUCAUUGAAAUAUGAAAUUUUUCUUCGGCAUCCUCGUACGGUGCACCCCGACCUUUCAGAAGACGAGCUCAAAGCCAUGGGCGAGCACAUUUCGCCUGCGUGGCGGCAUUGGCCCUUUGAAGCUGAUUCCUACGGCGUACCAUCGUGGAAGCUUGUGGAGGCAGAACAUCCCGAGGAUACGGAAAGAGGUCCAUGGGAGGAGUGGGUUCCGGAGUCCUGGUUGGAAAAUCCAAAGGAGACAGGGAUCUGGUUGUUGGGAACCUACCAGAAUGACUCCCGGUUCAGCCCUUUGGACGAAUCAUUCCUUGAUGAUGAACACCAUAAGGAACUGGCUUCACAACUACUGCAACUGCUUGAGCAGUUAGGCCGUAAGUCAGAGGUGGAGCUUGAGGCUCUUCGAUUCGCUGGGGAAUUAGAUAGCAAGUGUGUUAGCUUGAACAAUUAUUAA